GGCUGGGACAUGGCUGCUCCCUCCGACCCCGUGGGGCUGGGUGCGCCCCGGGGGCCUGCACUUUCAGAACCCCCUCCCACUCGCUUCCAUCGCGUGCACGGUGCCAACAUCCGCGUGGACUCCACUAGAACACGGGCCACACGCGUGGAGAGCUUCGCUCACGGCUUAUGCUUCAGCAGCGAGCCUCUGGCCCCGGGUCAGUUAUUCCUGGUCGAGAUCGAGGAGAAAGAGCUCGGCUGGUGCGGGCAUCUACGCCUCGGUCUGACUGCGCUGGACCCCGCCAGUCUGGCCGCCGUGCCAGAGUUUUCGCUACCCGACCUGGCCAGCCUCGGCCACACCUGGGUCUUCGCUAUCACGCGCCACCACAACCGUGUGCCCCAGGAGGGCCACCCGGAGACAGAGGCAGCGGUCCCCAGCCGGCCCCCGGCCCUGAUGGUGGAACCAUAUCUGUGCAUUGAGCAGUUUCGCAUUCCCCGGGAUCGCCUGGUGGGCCGCAGCCGCCCAGGGCUCUACAGCCACCUCUUGGACCAGCUCUAUGAGCUGAACGUGCUGCCUCCGACCGCGCGCCGUAGCCGCCUGGGCGUCCUCUUCUGUCCGCACCCGGAUGGCACUGCUGACAUGCACAUCGUCAUCAACGGCGAGGACAUGGGCCCAAGUGCAAAAGGGCUGCCAGCUGCCCAGCCCCUCUACGCAGUGGUGGACGUAUUUGCCUCCACCAAGAGCGUGCGCCUGGUCCAGCUCGAGUACGGAUUGCCAUCCCUGCAGACUCUGUGCCGCCUAGUGAUCCAGAGGAGCGUGGUGCACCGGCUGGCCAUUGAUGGGCUCCACCUGCCCAAAGGACUUAAGGAUUUCUGCAAGUAUGAGUGAAGGUCUGCAGUCCCCUGGAGCAGGACACAGGAAUGCAUCCUGGCCCCAGAGCUGGGGCUGGUCUGAAACUGGCCACACUGCUGCCAGGCAGAACCAGAAAUAAACACAGCUAUUGUUGACACUCUGA